CGGCACAAAUUCUUAAUCCGAAGAUUAGUGUUUAAUCAGAAUAAGACCUUUUUGAUUCGUAAUGCCACCAGAUAAAUAAUUCGUAUAAAUGAACAAAUUUGCCAUCGCCUCGUACCUCUUGUGGAAAUGAAACUGUUUGUACUUUGUAUUGCUUUGUGCCAAGUCCUCUGGGCUUCAGGACACGUCCUGCCAGAGUUCGAGCCCAUCAGCCUCAACUACCACGAGGCUGAAGGUAUUCCCGCUGCAGAGCGUAUCAAGCGAAUUGAGGAAGCUGUGGACUUUGAUGGCACCAGGAUCGCAGGAGGAUCCACUGCACGCUUAGGGGAUCAUCCUUUCCUUGCUGGAUUAUUGGUGCUCUUGCAAAAUCGCAGGACCUCAGUGUGCGGGUCCUCUAUACUUACAAAUACUCGCCUGGUGACAGCAGCUCACUGCUGGUGGGAUGGAACCAACCAGGGUACUGAAAUUACCGCGGUCUUCGGAUCCGUAACUCUCUUCUCUGGUGGCACCAGAGUCACAACCAGAACCAUUGCUAUGCACGGUAGCUUCAACACUCGAAACUUGAACAAUGAUAUUGCCAUCAUUACUGUUCCCAGGAUCAAUUUCAACAACAACAUUCAGCGUAUAGCGAUACCCAACAGCUCUCAGUCGUUCCUCUCCUUCGUCGGUAGCUGGGCUCAGUGCGCAGGCUUUGGAGUAACCAGGGAUAGUGAGAACAUCAACAACAAUCAAGUCCUCAGACAAGUGAACCUGCAAGUGGUGAACAAUAUCGACUGCUCCACUGUUUAUGGCUUCAAUAUCAUAGACUCGACUCUCUGCACCAGCGGCAGGGGUAACGUUGGACCUUGCGGCGGGGACUCUGGUGGUCCCGUGUCGCUGGUGCACAGUGGCCAGCGUAUCUUGAUCGGUGUGGUAUCAUUCCACUCUGCUAACGGCUGCAACAUUGGCUUCCCGGGUGGUCACGCCAGAGUUACUUCCUUCCGCUCCUGGAUCAACGCACGCAUUUAAAUUAUGAUACUGAACGAUUUCCUAAUAAAGAUCUUUUAUAUUUA